AUGCUCGACCAGGGCCCGAGCCGCGAAUGCAGCCCGGCUGCCUUCGACCCGCUCGACCCGCCCAAGCCCCGGGCGCCCGCCCCCCAGACGAGCAUGCUGCUGAAGCUGCCCGACGAUAUCUUCAAGUGUGUCAUGGACUACCUCGACCGCGACGCCGCCUGGAGCCUCAAGCGCUCGUGCAGGGGCAUGGCCGACAGCGUGACCGUGAACCAACUGCUCUACAAAUACCCCAUUCAGCUCAACGACGUGCGUGACAUCAGGCUGGGCGACUGGAAGUAUAGGAGCAUCGGCCGCAUACGCUGGCUGAGCUUCAUGGACAGCAUCAAUGACUCCAACCGCCGCCACGUCCACAAGCUGGCAAUGUCGCACUGGGCAAGCAUUGACGACUUCCGCUGGAUAGACGAGUGCCUGCCCUGCCUGACCAGCCUCGACAUAUCCGCCAUCAAAGACUUUGUCUGGACCCCUGAGGAGACGUGGACAUGGAAGAUGCUGGCCGAGGCUUGCCCCCGCCUGUUUGGCCGCCUGGAGGAGCUCGAGGUAGCAAACUGGGCUGACUACACGGCACAUUCGCGCAUCGAGUACAGCUACUCGUACCAGGACUAUCGCUUCAAGCAGAGCUUUAGGAUAUCGCGAAGGCGCGACGGGGGCUCCGUCGCCAACGCCAUCUUCCCUAUUUGCAAGAAGCUAAAGACGCUGGCCAUACGAGAACGGUACUCCGGCUUCCAUACAUGGAAUGAGUGGGAGGUCCAUCAGCGCGUUUGCUGUCUGGUGGAUGGCGUCCAGAAAUACUGUCCCGAGACCAUGACGAAACUCAGGGUACACGAUUACGCACCCUAUCGGUCGCUCUUCUCCACCGACGCAACAAAGUGGGCGCGCAUCAAGGACGUCGAGAUAGGCCUCUACUCCUGGAUGGAAGACCGUCGCGACAGGGAUGUGAUAGGGCCUAUUCCGUACCGGAUAACCCAAGGCCACCACCAUCGCGAUGAGGAGGAGGCUUUCGACGACAAGACAUUCGAUGCCUGUCAACGCGACCACAUGGUACUGGGCAACCAUGUUGUGCAGGGUGUCGGAGCUUCGUUUGAAGACCUACUCCAGAGUCUGCAGACCAUUUCUAAGAAAUAUCCCAACAUCAACAUCAAGCCCAUUCGAAACCUCCAGAACAUCACCUUGCACCCUUUCCAUCUCGUCAACGUCAUGCACCGACGGCACCACUUUGGCCAAGCCCCACAGCAAACAAACGACCCAGCAAUGAGCGACCCAAGCGCCAAACCUGAAGUACAGGAAGCACUGCGAUGGCUCGCACAAGAAUGUGACUGGAAGCCUGUGCUCGCGUGGGAAAGCAUGAUGUGCGAUGUCUUUCCUGCAAAUCUCGAGCCCAACCGUACCUUUCUACCCAAACCUGAUAUCCUCUCACGCAUACAGACAAUGGUGGAGCGAUUGAGAGGCCUGAACAUACCCAUUCGCAUCUCUAUUGGUGACCGCGGUAAUACCUGUCCUUCAUCCGGCCUCGACGGCAGCUUGUACUUUGGCCCUUUCAAAACUUUUGUUGGCGAAGGGGCCGACAGGCGCGAGGUGCUUCUCCCAACCCAGGCUGUCUUUAGCCUCACACCCAUCGCCUCCAUGGUCGAUGAGCUGACGAUUCAAUAUCCCGCCGACGUUCCUGGUGUUUCUGGUUGGCUUCGUGCAGCAAAACGUCCUACACCUGCUGAGAAGGCGCUCAUGGAGCGCGAGAUGAUUGGCUGGCGCCGCUUCUGGAUACGCUACGCGCUACAGUUCAAGAAUCUGAAGAAGCUCACUGCAAACGUACCAAACGACAUCUACGAGGACUGGGCCAACUCAGAAGUCGUUGCCCUUCUCGAGGAUGAGCGGUGGCAAAUGCUGGAAGUAGAAGAUAAGCAAGACUACGCAUCUAGCAGCUACUUCCCCUUCAGCAAUCCCUCGACGCUCAGAUACCGGUUUCCGCGGAACCGCAGCAAAACCAAAUUUGUGCAGCGCGUCUUCUUCAGACUCGACGACGAGCCCCUCAAUCUCGUCCUGCCCCGUCCUGAACUGAGCGAGAAAGAGAGGGAAGAAGGCGAGAUUACAGACGACAUGAUUCAAGCGGCUGAGUAUGCGCACAAGGCUAGUCGCGGCCAUCGCUUCUGGCCCAAGAAGGAAGACGACAACAACAACAACAACCACAACCACAACAAGUCCAACGACAAGGCGGAGGAAAAAGACGCAAAGAGAAAGUGGUCUGAUAACGAUGAGAAUGGCGUGAAUGGCGAGAGCGUGGCCCAGGAAAUGGAGGCGAAGCGCCAAAGAAUCGAACAGGAAGAUUAUGCUGGUUUCUUCCAUGUCAUGUAAACUCUCUCUCUUUUUUUCUUCUUCCUCUCUUUUUCUUCUAUUUUCGCAUUGAGAGGACGGAGUCAAGAAGACCUUUUUAUUUUGUGUGUUAUUGUUUCUGUCCCUUAUUUUUUAUUUUAUUUUCCUUCCUUUUUCCCUUUUAUUUUCUGUUUUUUCUGUUUUUGAAGCGAUUUUUUUUGGGCAGGACAACGCGGCAUAUGAUUAUCCAUGUAGACUAACUAACUAACUAACUUACUAACCAUGCUAUGUUAUGUAUCU